UCUUUAUUAUGGAACAACAAAUGUCAAGAAGAUUCUUGGCAGAAACUAAAAGGUCAUGGCGAGAAAAGUUAGAGAGACACAGGGCGAAGAAACCCUUCGCAACAAGGUUUGAACAACUGCCUGAAAAGGAUAAGGAAAUACUAAGAAGAUGGAAUUUGAAGCCAUUAGAACAAAUCUCAGAAACAGAGCUUAAGAGACGCACCAGGUCCGAGCUGCAUACGUAUUGUAGUAUUUAUGGGAUUCCCCGUGAAAGAAGUGAUAUAGUCAUAGAAGAGCUUAUGCAAAGAAAAAAAUUCUUUCUCCUAGAGAAACAAAUAGAAGAAACGCAGCAACAAGGAGAGUAUGAAGUUUCACCUGAAACAGAAGAAGCCGACUGGAAACUGCUGGCAUUUCAUUCGCCUUUCGAAAUUUCUCUUCAUGCAAGCCAAAACAAAAGGCUUGGAACACAACUAUGUACCGAUCUUAGUGGAAUAGCAUGUCUUGCGUUUGAACUUUUGCAAACAGGAAGAGACAACGUUCUUUCUUGCCUUCUUCCGUUGCUCUUACGGAGAGUCAAGACCUCUUCAAAAAGAAAUGGGUUUCAUAGGGAGUUAACUGCAUUAAGCUGCAAAGCUUUGUUUUACAAUCAGUCUUAUGAACUUGUACGCCUACUCUCGAGGCUCUUUCAGUUCGACAGCAUCGAGAAAACUUUUUCUUUACAAGAUUUGGGAAAAGUUCCAAGCUCUUUGGUAUUGUACAAUAAGCGUUCACUAUUAGAAUUGGAACAAGGAAAAGUGGCUGCACUGAAUCAACUUGUCUUUCUUCGUUGGUAUUUGAGAGACUACCUUUCAGCCAUUAGUGAUAUCUCUGGUCACAUUCAACAGUUUCCUUAUGCGAAAUAUCCUGUAUUUUACAUUUUACUUGCUGCUUUCUUCUGUCUUGAAGCUUACAGAGAGUUGGGUUUGGAUAAUGAGCUGACGAUAAAGACCGAUAUUCGAGGUGAUGGAGAUCCUGCUCUUAAUAUAGGUUUAGGUUAUGUCUUUCCAUUCAAUUUUCUUCACAGUUGGAGCUGUUUGCCAGAUUUUAUCAAGGACUCAUCCGCAGAAAAGGAUUUUGCAUUAGAAUACUUUGAAAAGGCACUGAAUUGUUUAGAGUAUUGUAAAGAAUAUGAAGCGGCACCUAAUGUUUUUGUCAUUUUGAAGUCUAUUGUUUUGGCAUACUGUAGACGUGUUGAUGAAGCAGUUUUCUGCAUGGAAGAAUUUAUUAAAGAGGAAGGAAGCUUCGACUCUUAUCUGCUAGAAAACUAUCUUUUAUGUCUUGAAGCAUAUCAAGCAAUACUUUUUUCGGCAGAUGCACCAGCAGAGGAGUCUGUUUUGAGAAAACGAGUCCUUACGGCACAACAUCUUUUAUUAGAGGUCAAUCCCUUUUCAGAUGUAGCACUUGGAUGUCUUUCAAUCGGUUUGGAAAAGCGUCUUUCCACAGUCCAAGAGUUACUUAUUGCAGUGGCUCAUCAUUUGGAUUGUUUAGGGAAUAUGUCAAGCGAUUUCCUAUUUUAUUUUGACUUUUGGAAAAACUCUUUCCGGCAUGCUUGGCGCAGGUUUGCAGAAUUGUUGCGUUUAUGUGAAGCUCCUGAAGUUGAGUCAGUAUGGAAGGAACGACAGCGAUGUUUGUGGUGGCCUGGUCGUUUCUUCUCUUAUCGAAGCUUGAAAGAAGAUGGGGAAUAUUACCCUGACGUGAUUCCAUACAAGACUUUCUGUGUCCGAAAGUUGAUUGGAGUACCGUCGGAAUAUGAACUGUUCCAAGAGAGAAGUCGUGACCGAUGAUUGCAUCGGAUCGAGUGGUAUAGCUUGAAACAAGAGUUCUGUCGUCCCAUUUCAACGGGGUUUUUUGUAGAUAAGACCGUAAGGAGUUUGUCGCUUUAUUAAACUAUAAAAAGUAUUCGCUAAGU